GUAAAAAAGAAAUACACCUCUUCAAGUUUCUCUCCUUUUUUUGGCUGUCUUUUUCUGCAGUGCCAUUUUUCUUACUCAAGUAAGGAGGAAAAAAAAACAAAAAACCUCUUCUGUGUCCUUUUCGCAGCCAAAGUUUUGUUGUUCCGUAUACAAAGAGACUGGACUGGGACUUGGACUUCUUAAAGAAGCAAAAUAAUCAGAGGUGUUUGAAUUCUGGGUUUGGUUCAACCACAAACUCUGUUCAAUUUUCACAAAAUCAACAAGAUUUACAGAUGCAACAAAUGUCGACAUUUCCUGGUCCUCAGAAUUCCAAGGAAUUGAAUUAUCAUUUUCAAGAUCAGGAUUCCUCGUCUACUCAAUCAACGAGUCAAUCAUGUCCUGAAGCUGCUAAUGAAGGAGAAAGAAAAAGCCACGGGAAAAGCAGUAUGCCUUUGCGAGCAGGCAGUGUUAGAAGUAGUGGGAAGUCCGAUGAUUCCCAAAGUGUGUCAAGUCAGGAGCAUGGUUGGACUUUCGAUAUGUAUCAGAAAAAUUUUGCUGUUGUUCCUUUUCCUCAUCCGGAUCCUUACUAUCACGGUCUAGUUGCUGCCUAUGGAAAUCAAGCCAUGGUUCAAUCCCAAAUGUUAGGCAUGGUUUCUCCUCGCGUGCCACUUCCGCUCGACCUUAAGCAAGAUGAGCCUAUAUUUGUCAAUGCUAAACAAUAUCAGGCUAUCCUCAGGCGUAGACAGUACCGUGCUAGGCUGGAGGCUCAAAACAAACUCUCUAAAGGACGGAAGCCAUAUCUCCAUGAGUCCCGGCAUCGUCAUGCAUUGAAUAGGGCUAGGGGACCCGGUGGGCGCUUUGUCAAUAUGAAGAAGCCUCGAGAGUCCAAAUCCCCUGAUUUGAUCAAUGGUCAAGACAAUCAGGUAUCUGAUGAGCUGCAACUCAACAGAAAAAUGUUGGAGCCCAAUAUUCAUCAAUCCAGAAGCUACUCCACACCAGUAUACUCUGGAAUCACUAGUGGCUCGAACGGUGAUGCUAUUUACCAUCACCAAUCAUUUAAGUACUCCGCCUUCUCAGCGCGUAACAGAGGGACCUCACAGCUGGACAAAGAGAAGAAAGAUAACACGAGCAAUCCAUGUUUAUCAUCUUUUUGAUGCAAGUGUUGCUAUUAAAAGUGGGAAGUCAUCCUUGGCUAUGUUAGUAUUGUAGUACAUUAUUCUGAAAACUUUAUAGUUAGUCCAUAACCUGGCAUGGUUGUUUUCUAUUUAAUGCUUUAAAUACCUCAAUCCAAAGAGUAAUUUUUAGUUUAUUGUGGCUGGUUUAUGUUU